GCCUGGUUUCCGGCUGCCGUGCACUCGCUGCAAAGAUGGGGGGUCACUCUCCCAGCCCUGUCAUGACAGCCCCAAAGAGCUUGGUGGGUUUCAACCACCCCAAAAAAGGGGAGAGUCAGAGGCGGUUCCUGCAAAGCAAAGGGAGCUGUGGGGCCCAGCAGAAAGUGGCCCAAAAAGGAUGAUCUGGAGGAGGGGGCAGGACCCGAGUGGCUGGACAGCUGGGCUUCCCCUGCAGGUGCCUCUGACGCCGGCAUGGAACACGUGCCUGUGGCCGCAGGCCUUGGCUGCCUCCCGGGCUGUGCCCCAGGGCGAAAGCCCCGAAAGGCCGAGUGAGCUGACGCCUGGAGACUUCUUUUAAGAUGACCCGCACCGACCCACCGGACCUGCUGGUGUCGACCGUGUACCAGGACAUCAAGGUGGCGGCCCCGGGGCCCGUGUCGAGGCCCCCACCAUGUGAGCGCCCCAUGGCCCGGCCUGCGGCGCCCGCGCAUUUCAACAAGCGCCACUGUCGAAGCUUCGAUUUCCUGGAGGCGCUGGACGGGGUGACCAUGGAGGCCCGCCCGGAGGCGCCGCCCCCGGAGCCCGCCGCGCCGCGCGCCCGAUCCCGCGACGGCGAGACCCGGCGCCGCGCCCGCUCCAAGAGCGCCCCCCGCGCGCCCCCGAGCCUGGCGCCCGCGCCCGCCUCACCACCCGUGCUGCCGCGCCGAGGCCGAGAAGCACAGCGAGCGGCGCGGGCCGACGCGUCGCCCCGCCGGGAGGCCGCGUAUCCCGCGCUGCGCGCGCUCGCCAACGAGCUGCACCCCAUCAAGCUACAGCCGCAGCGGGGCGGCCCCGGCCGCAUCGCGCCCCUCUGCGCUGCGACCAACCGCUGCGCGCCAGUCGAGCCAUCCGCGGGGCCCGCCCCCCACGUCCGCUGCCGCCUGGACAUCAAGCCGGACGAAGCAGUGCUGCAGCACGCCGCCCGGAGCUCGCGGCCCUGCGGGCCCCCCGAGACCGCGCCCUGGCCCCGCGCCGCCCCGCAGCUCCACGGCCUCACGGUGCCCGGGCCUCGCCACGUGGCCCUCUCGCGCACUCCCACCCCCAGUGACUCGUACUGCACCGACCCCCGGGCGCUGUACUGCGACGGGCCGCUCCCCGGGCCCCGGGACUACGCGGAGCGCCGGAGUGUGCCCUUCACCACCCCGCCGGGGCCCACCCAGUUCUUCUACACGGAGGAACCCGAGGGCCACCCUGGGGGCUUCAUGGCCAGCCCAGGGCCGCCCUUCGACGGCUACUAUCCCAGGCCCUUUCUGCCCGAAGAGCCCCCGGGGCCCAGUCCAAGACGGGGGAGCGGCUACUACGCGGGGGAAGUUCGCACCUUCCCGGUCCAGGAACCACCCUCCCGCUCCUACUACGGGGAGGCCCCCCGCGCCUACGGCCCGCCCUGCGGCCCACGUUACGCCCCCGAGGAGCCUCGAGCCCGCCCCGCCGCCCGCGCGUUUUACACUGAGGACUUUGGGCGGUACCGCAAUCGAGAAGCCCUGACGCGGACUUACCCACACCCGCGAGGCAGCCCAGCCUGGGGCGACUGGGGGCCGCGGCCGUACCGCACGCUGCAGGUGGCGCCCCCGCCGGACCCCGGCCCGCUGCUCGCCUCCUGGCACGGCGGCGCGGGCACCAGCCCACCCCGGCUAGCGACCGACAGCCGCCACUACUCGCGCUCCUGGGACAACAUCCUGGCACCGGGGCCGCGCCGCGAAGACCCCUUGGGCCGUGGCCGUAGCUACGAGAACCUCCUGGGCCACGAGGCGCGGGAGCCGCGGGGCACGUCCCCCGAAGGCCGGCGCCCGCCCGUCGUCGUGAACCUGUCCACCUCGCCCCGACGCUACGCGGCGCUGUCCUUGUCCGAGACGUCGCUGUCCGAGAAGGGCCGUGUGGGGGAGGGCCCCGGCCGAAACUGGUACGUCACACCGGAGAUCACCAUCACCGACAACGACCUGCGCGCCGCCGAGCGCCCGGCCGCCAGGAGCUGGGAGAUGCCGGGGAGCCGCCCCCGCCAGUCUCAGCCUGCCGCCCCCGACGGCCCCGCCUCUGGCCGCCAGCGCAGCCUCGAACAGCUGGACGAGCUCAUCACUGACCUGGUCAUCGACUCGCGGUCCCCAGCCGGCCAGGCGCUCGAGCCCGCGUCCGACGGCCUGGGCCGUCAGCUGCGGCGCCUGCUCGACUCGCGGCCCUCGGGGCCCGGGGGCCCGGUGCUGGCGCCGCGCUCGCCACCUGCGUCCGCCGGUAGCGCCGAGGAGCCCGCCGGCCAGGGGCAGGCGGCCGACGCCUCCCCUGAGCCCAGCGCGGACGAGGACGACCUGAUGACGUGCUCCAACGCGCGCUGCGGGCGCACGGAGACCAUGUUCAACGCCUGCCUCUACUUCAAGUCCUGCCACAGCUGCUACACCUACUACUGCUCGCGCCUGUGCCGCCGCGAGGACUGGGACGCGCACAAGGCGCGCUGCGUGUACGGCCGCGUCGGCAGCGUGUGCCGCCACGUGCUGCAGUUCUGCCGCGAUAGCGGCCCGGUGCACCGCGCCUUCUCGCGCAUCGCGCGAGUCGGCUUCUUGUCCCGCGGCCGCGGAGUGCUCUUCCUGGGCUUCCCGAGCCCCGGCUCCGCGGACAACUUCCUGCGCUUCGGCCUCGAGGGGCUGCUGCUGUCGCCCACCUACCUGUCGCUGCGCGAGCUGGCCACGCACGCGGCCCCACUGGGCAGCUAUGCUCGGGAGCUGGCGGCCGCUGGGCGCCUCUACGAACCAGCCGAGUGCUUCCUGCUUAGCGUGUCGGUGGCUGUGGGCCCCGGUGCCACCCCGCCCGGCGCCCCUGCCAGGCCAGCGCCCGCACCUCGCAGCCCGGGACCCACGGUGCGCAAGUUCGCCAAAGUGGCGCUGGCGGCCGGCAGCCCAGCACGGCCGCCCCCCGCGCGGGGCCGCGAACCUGACAUGGAGACAUUGAUCCUGACGCCGCCGCCCGGCACCGCGGGCCUAGACCAGGACGGCGAGGCGGGCCGGCGAGCACGCGAGGUGGCCUUCAUUCAUAUUCAGCGAGAGCUGCGGCUGCGCGGCGUCUUCCUGCGCCACGAGUUCCCGCGCGUUUACGAGCAACUCUGCGAGUUUGUCGAAGCCAACCGGCGCUUCACGCCCACCACCAUCUACCCCACGGACCGGCGAACCGGCCGCCCCUUCAUGUGCAUGAUCAUGGCUGCGUCCGAGCCGCGCGCACUCGACUGGGUGGCCAGUGCGAACCUCUUGGAUGACAUCAUGUGAGCCGCGGAGGAGCGCCCGGCCCCGCCCAGUCCACCCAGGGCCCACCCUGAACCCCCUCAGGUCCACCAAGCCCCACCCAGGGCCCACCCUGAACCCCCUCAGGUCCACCAAGCCCUGCCCAGUCCACCCGGGGCCCACCGUGAACCCCAUCAGGUCCACCCAAGCCCCGCCCGGUCCACAAGGCCCCGCCCACAUCGCCGCAAGCUCCGCCCCGUCGCGGUCUCCAGAAGCGCCGCCUUUCCGCCCCCUUCCGGCGAUAACCUUCCCAGUCCCUCCGGGCUCUCUCUCCCCCAGUUCUCCUCGGGUCUCCCUAGAGGCAGGUCCUCGGCCGCUUGGUGCUCCCCGCUGGGAGGCGGGGUGGGUCUGAGGACCAGCCCGCCCUGCCUUUGCGCGGAGGGGUCACUACUGCAGACCCGACCGCGCGUAUCCGACUUGUCCGUACCCUGCCCAUCUGCAGGGCUUCCCUGGAGCCUCUCCGUCCGCGGCUCGCCGUGGUCCAGGAGCCCGAGUUGACCAAAGCCUAGUCCUGUCCCUUUAAACACACAACCCCCACCCGCUUCCUGUGGUCUGGGAUGCACCCUGCUCAGAGGCUUUUCUUCUCCGGAGGACAGACACGCUGAUUGGUCUCGGUGUGUCCGCAUCCCGAGCACGUCCUGGCCUGGUGGGCAGGCAGGGCCGGCAGGGACCUGCGUGGGGCCCUCGCCCCUACUGGGUCAGACCUCGGUACACUGACGGUGCUGCCCGCCCUACCGCAAGGGUUGGGGCAAGCAGCAGUGA